AAAUCAUAAAACCAUAGAAAUCGUUUUCUUCUCUCUUCCCCUAAAGCCUUUCCCAACUCUGAACUUCGUCGUGUUCUUUUUUUCUUCUGCCGGGCGAGCUUUUCUGGGCGAAAUCCACAGUUCGUAGGGACGCCGAGUUAACUGAGAUAUCUGGGUUUAACUCGAAAUGGGUUGGAAAGCAGCUGAGAAACUCAUUAGGCACUGGAAGAUUCUCAGAGGAGAUAAUGUGAUGAUAACAAGAGGCAAAGACAAGGGCGAGACGGGUGUCAUCAAGCGAGUCAUUCGCUCUCAGAAUCGUGUCAUCGUGGAAGGCAAAAAUCUGGUAAAGAAACAUAUCAAGCAAGGCCAAGGUCAUGAAGGUGGGAUUUUCACUGUCGAAGCGCCUCUCCAUGCCUCAAAUGUGCAAGUUGUUGAUCCGGUGACAGGGAGGCCUGUUAAGGUCGGUGUGAGAUAUCUUGAGGAUGGAACAAAAGUUCGAGUAUCUAGAGGAUUAGGCGCAUCGGGAUCUAUAAUCCCUCGUCCUGAGAUCUUGAAAAUAAGGACUACUCCAAGACCUACUGUUGCUGGCCCCAAGGACACUCCGAUGGAUGUCGUGUUGGAGAAGACAUAUGACGCUAAGACGGGGAAGGGAAUGCCUGAACUUUGAGAUAAUUAGUCUCCUACUAUCAUUCUGAAGCUUGGAUGGAUGAUUGUAGCAGAAAGAAAUGAGACCAUUUGUGAUCAAAACCCGAAAGAAAUGGGAGCAUAUUAGUUCUCGUAUGUUUGGUGAAAAUGGUUUAAGAAUUUCUUGUACUGAAUAUGUGCCUACAUUUUGUUAUUUCGUUGGUAACAUUGGACAAACGAAACGGCUUGAUUGCUAUAGGAUUUCUCAGGUUUAAGGCCGUUAAUUUACUUAAAAUCUCAGAUGAACUUAUUCUUGCA